CCAACCCCAAGGGUGAAAUUUGGUGUGCCUUCUUCAGUGUUGGCUUGAAGAAAAAGAAAACCAAAUCCAAACCCAACCCCUCUGCUACUGAAACAGAGCGAGAGAGAGAGAGAGAGUCAAACGGUGGCAUAUUGCAAUGUUCAGAAACCAAUACGACACGGACGUGACAACAUGGUCUCCGGCUGGGCGGCUAUUCCAAGUGGAGUAUGCGAUGGAGGCGGUGAAGCAGGGGUCUGCAGCGAUAGGCCUGAGAUCGAAGACCCACGUGGUGUUGGCGUGUGUGAACAAGGCGAGUUCAGAGCUUUCCUCGCACCAGAAGAAGAUCUUCAAGGUCGACGACCACAUCGGAGUCGCCAUUGCCGGACUGACUGCCGACGGCCGCGUCCUCUCCCGAUAUCUGCGCAACGAGUGCAUUAAUUAUUCGUAUACAUAUGAGUCAUCGCUCCCCGUCGGCCGGCUUGUUGUUCAGCUGGCUGACAAGGCUCAGGUCUGCACACAACGCUCCUGGAAACGACCUUAUGGCGUUGGCCUGCUUGUUGGUGGCCUAGAUGAAUCUGGAGCUCACCUUUAUUACAACUGUCCUAGCGGUAAUUACUUUGAAUAUCAAGCAUUUGCAAUUGGAUCCCGAUCACAGGCUGCAAAGACAUAUUUAGAACGGAAGUUUGAAGGUUUCAUGGACGCAAGGGAAGAUUUGAUCAAGGACGCCCUUUUUGCACUGCGGGAAACCUUACAGGGAGAAAAACUGACGAGUUCAAUAUGCACAAUUGCCAUAGUGGGAGUUGGGGAGGCAUUCCAUAUACUGGAUCAAGAAACUGUGCAGGCUCUGAUCGAUGAGUUUGAGAUAGUAGGUGAAGAGCCACCUGCUGAUGAGGCUGCUACUCCAGAUCAAAGCAGUGAUGCUGAACCAGGUCCAGCCGAUCAGGGAACCCCUUCUGAUCAAGGUGCUACUCCAAUGGAUAUCUGAUGAAAGUUACCUUGUGUGGUUGCUUUUCUUGGUGAAAGUGUCAUGUUGGUAAAACUCCCUCCCCCAAGAAAGAAGUGCUUGUCGAACUUGAUGCUUUCAUGUUGUUGUGUACCUCUGCAGGAUAGACAUUAACAGAAGCGCAAUGCAACUAUUUGAGUUAAUCCUCUUGUACCUUGCUUCAUAUUUGUACUGUGACGAAGUGAUGAAUCUCCAUACUGAGGUCGUAAUAGUGAUAUCUGUGCCUCUUUCUGUAUGUUAUAGCCUGGUGGAUCUCUUGCAAAAAUUGCAGUAAGGUAUAAUGCGUA